CCACUGACAUCACUGGGAGAGGCGCCAAAGGAAGUGACGUGAAGCGGCGGUGCGGCCUGGGGAUUGCUGACCGAACGUGGGCUGUUAUGUCGGCUUUGACGCGUCUAGCGCCUUUAGCGCGCGUUGGAGGCCACUUCUUCAGGGGCCUACGCGCGCGGGCGGCUGGAGGCGCUGGAGUCCGUCAUGCUGGUGGAGGUGUGCAUAUCGAGCCCCAGUACAGGCAGUUUCCCCAGCUGACCAGAUCCCAGGUGAUCAAGGCAGAGUUCUUCAGUGCAACCAUGUGGUUCUGGAUUCUCUGGCGCUUUUGGCAUGACUCAGAUGCCGUGCUGGGUCACUUUCCAUAUCCAGAUCCUUCUCAGUGGACGGAUGAAGAAUUAGGUAUCCUUCCUGAUGAUGAAGACUGAAAAUGUAGACUCAACUCUUUCCAAGAGCCAGGUGUUAGAGUGGGCAUAAUGGCAACAAAAGCUAAGUGGAACAGUUUCACCCUCCCCACUGCCAGCUCCAGCAGUCCUGAGCCUGUUGCACAGGGUGUCUGAGGCUCUCCUUGGUUUUGUGUUUACUCACCUGUGUAGGAGUGUGCUGUCUCACCUGAUAAAUAUUUAUGGUCUUUAAAAGACCGUUAGA